GCUUGUCCACAACCUCUUGUCUAUUUAGUUUUCCCCUCCUGGAAUUUCCCUGGUCGUGUAUAAGAACGCCAUCGUAUCCUCUCCUUACCACCAACACAACCCCAUGAUCCACAGUCACACCUGACCUCAAGCGUCUACUGCACUCUCGUUUCACCAACAACACCUCCAGUAACCUCUCGCUUGCUUCCAAGCACAUGCACAAUGGCUCCCGGAAGCUCACGAUCAUCCAGGCCCAAGCCGUCUGAAGUGGCUGCCGAAACCAAGAGGCAACACAUCCCCUACAUCAGGUCUUUGGGCACGUGGGACAUCAGCUCCUAUCUUUUGCACCAACCGCUAGCGCAGAUCAACUUCCAACAGAGACCUCACGAUAUUGCCCCUCCCCAGUUCUUUGUCUACAACGGCGAUCCAGUCGACUGUGCCUUGAACUGGGCAAAGCAGAUCGCAGAACCACACACGGUAGCCUUCAUUUGCGCGGCCAACGACAAAAGACCAGGCGGAGAUUGGGAAACGGGAGCUGUUGGCUACGAGGAACGCCUAUGCCGCCGAAGCACUCUCUCUGCGAACUUGGCAACACCUGCGCCAGGAUCAACAGUGACUGAGAAUUACCCCAUCCCAAGCUAUGGUGGUAUUUACUCGCGAGAUGUCGUUGUAUUCCGAGGGCCUCACGACAGAUAUGAGAAGCUCCCGCCCGAGCAGUGGCAGUCGAUUCCUGUCGUUUCAGUCCAUCCUACCCGCUGGCCUAAACUUACGCAAAACGGAACAAAGUUCUCCUUCCAAAACGAACGCGACAUGUUGAAAGACUUGUUACGAGGAGCACUCCGAAUUGCAGCCUAUAACGGCCAUACACAGCUUGUCAUUGGCGACUUCGGCCUUGGCAAUGGCUACCGCAACCCGCCCCAAGAGGUGGCCGAGAUGUGGCGGGAAGUCUUGCUCUAUGACCCUGACCUGCGUGGGCGUAUCAGCUCCGUGGCCUUUGUCUUUGAGGACCCAAAUCAAAGUACCAGCAAACUAAUCCUGGAGGAUCUUGCCAAGAAGGCCAGGGAAACUCUUAGCAGCGCCGCUGCCGCCGCUUGUCCUUCCGACUUGGAAGUAUUUCACCGAGUGUUUCACGACACCGAGAUCCAGCGAGUAGUCAGCCAGCCGGAUUCUCGGUAUGGGCUAAAUAACCUGCUUGCGAGCUAAAUACUCCCUUCGUUACCGUUCUGUCGUGCUCUGGAGUUGGCGUUGGGUUUGAGUUUCGAUUGCAUAAAACCGCGGAUUCUGCUGCCAUGGUGGGCAAAUACCCUGGGGCCCUGGCAAGGGUCUCUGAAAGCGAUUCUAUCAGUGUUGUGAGACACCCUAACGGAGUUUGGGUUUCUUUAGCGAAAGGGCGCAUAAUGGUGGGCUAUGGGAUACGCUGUUGGUCGCUCCGGUGUCUUGCUUCUUUUCUUACCCUUUUGGACCCCUUUUUGAAUACAAGAACUUCCCCCACAUCGCUGGUUG